GGCGGCGACACCGGGGAGAGGAGCUCACCAACGGGCGGAUAGCAGCUGGAAACCGCGACAGGCACGAUUUCUCCACGUAUUUGAACAUCUUUGGAGUUGUAUAUUUUGGUUUUACUUCACGAACUUUUGGAAAUCAAUGAAGGAGAGACGGUCCUGUCAGAAAUUCUCACUCAAAUCCAGCAUGGAUCCGAGCCAAAGUGUAAAAUGUAAAAUCGUGGUGGUGGGAGAUAGCCAGUGCGGGAAGACAGCGCUGCUUCACGUGUUCGCCAAGGACUGCUUCCCCGAGAGUUAUGUCCCCACGGUAUUUGAAAACUACACUGCUAGUUUUGAAAUCGACACGCAGAGGAUUGAGCUCAGCCUAUGGGAUACAUCAGGUUCUCCAUACUACGACAACGUAAGGCCUCUCUCCUACCCAGACUCAGACGCUGUGCUCAUCUGCUUUGACGUCAGCCGACCCGAGACUCUGGACAGUGUGCUCAAAAAGUGGAAGGGGGAGAUCCAGGAGUUUUGUCCCAACACAAAGAUGCUCUUAGUGGGCUGUAAGUCGGACCUGAGGACAGACCUGAGCACUCUAGUGGAACUGUCCAAUCACAGACAGACCCCAGUCUCCUAUGACCAGGGCUCAAACAUGGCCAAGCAGAUCUCCGCCCCCUACAUCGAAUGCUCCGCCCAACAAUCCGAAAACAGCGUCAGGGACAUUUUCCACGUGGCGACUUUGGCUUGCAUCAACAAAAACAACAAAAACCACAAAAGGAGCAAGGCCUCCCGAGCCACCAAGAGGAUUUCGCACAUGCCCAGUAGGCCCGACUUGGCUGCCGUGGCGACAGACCUCCGCAAGGAUAAAGCCAAAAGCUGCUCAGUUAUGUGACUUGUUAGGCUCUUUCUGAUUGGACGAUGGAAGCAGGAAGUUGCCCUUUUUUGAAUGCGUUCUUCCUGUAUAUCGUUGGACCCUUUUUUGGGGUGUAGUAAGCUUCUUAAUAAAAUAAUUGUUACUGGAAUACGCAUGUCCCAGCGUAAUGGACAUGGAAAAGAUUCAGGAAGUACGACAUUUCCGAUUGGGCUAUUGUCGUCAAGGAAAUGGGCUAAUCCUAGCGAUGAUGUCAUGGAGGAUGUUGUUAACAAAAAGGAUUCCGAACAAAGCCAAAGUUGGGAUUUUGUAAGUGGAAAGAUUGCUCCUAUAGGAAGAGGAGCUAGCUGGAUUAAAGACUUGUAUUACAACUUGUCACUGUGGUUUGAAAAUGGCCCACUCGCUUCUUUUGAGUGGAGUUUGUUGAAGUAUUUGUAUGCCCUUUGUAUCGCUGCGUUCAUGUGGUUUUCUGACAGUAGUACUUCCAAAUUGUAACUCUGCCUGCUAGUGUGAUUACAUCAGAUGCCGUGUCUAAUCAUUUAUUCAGGUUUAAGACACACAUAAAUAGUUUCCAGUGUGAAUCAGUGUGAGUAAAAGUGAGAAACCUGGACUAAACAAGCAUAACAGCUGUUGUUAACCUGGAUCUAAACCAGGACUACUUAUGGCUUUUUACAGCUGGAUUUUUGUUUAAAAUGCACAAAAUGUCACUGCCAGACAUAUUAACUUGGGUAACAGCAGAAAAAUCCCAUACAUUUCAUAACAUGUUUGGUUAUGAAAUGGGGUUUCAACUACAGGUACAGCAAGUGCAAAGACAGGAUAUUUGGUUUUUUGCAGAUGAUUAUCUAAAUAAUAAGUAUAAUCUAAAUAAUUACAGCAUUUGGGAUUUCAUAAUUGCACCAACUCAAAUAGGAACUUUUGAUUUUGAUUUGAUAGGCUACUAACUAUAGUUUCUACUCUCAUUUUUGUUCAACCAAAUUAUAUUAAAAAACAAAACAUUGCUCAAUUUUAGCUUCAUUUUUGUUUUCUUUUUAAUUACCAGCUUUGUCAUGAGAUAAAUUGCCCUUUACUGGUUGGUUACUCAUUAAAUACUGGACAAUUUUAGACAACUGCAUUUGGCAAUAGACCAAUACACCAAAACAUAACAAAAAAAUAAAUAAAAAUAAAAGCCCAUAAACCCACAUUUUAUUCAGAUCAUUUGAAGACCCCAUGAACGCAGCGUGUUGUCGGUAUAAUGUGAAGUCAUUGGUGUAAGUGUAGCAUUGCUUUUCGAUUUUGAGUUCAUGAAGCUAACUAGCUAGCUAUAUUUUCUGCCCUAUUUUUUCAAAUUAGCCGCUAACGAUGCUAAUUAAUUCUCCAUAGGAAUUAAAUGAUAACUGCAAUGUGCCCUGGCCCCUGACCGCUUUCUCGCAGUCUGAAGUUUGAUUUAGGGCCAAUAACAUAAAAUACAAUUCAACUUGGCUGUUAGCGAAGGGCUAAUAUCCUUGUGUGAACCAAAUUAUAGCUAUUAUUUCAACGCUGGACAUAAAAUAGAUCAAAUUGCUGACUACACCUUUUUAAAUAGUCCCCAUGGCGAUUUGAAAAGCUUUAGUUGCGUAAGAUUUGUUUUAAGAGGAAGGAUCUCGAAAGUUAUGAAUCAUUGUUUUCCUGAUUGUAAAAAGACUGCCAAUGAUUUUUUGGCUUAGAAACGCAUUUUGCAAUGUCGCUGUUUAAACUGAAGCCUGAAACAGUUGACAGGCAUGAGGUGCGUCCUUUUCCGGUGGAUUUAUGUGGAAUUAGCUAGCUAAACAAAAAAAGGAAUAACUUGAAUGUUUUGAAAUCCUGGAGACCGAAUUGAAAGUUGACAAAAACUAGGUUGCGAAAGUUUGGAUUGUGCAAGAUAGAAGUGAUCGCUUAGCUCUGGUUGCCACGGUAACAUGUUAGCUUCUGUUUUAUUUUAUGGUGUAAGUUGAGAUGACAAAUUUGUUUUUUAAAGUUACUUAUGCUAAAAUGUUAAUGUACGCAAAACAUUUUCCUCAUAAUCCUGCUUCUAAACUUAAACAAAUCUUAACCAUAACCAUAAAAAAACCAAAAAAGUUCUUUCAUCAGUUUGAAUGACCAAUCAGAGCAGACGUCCCUACAUUCUAGCAUAAACCCAAAAGUUUUUCCAGUUUGUGCAACAACAGCUAACUCCCAAUGUUAAUAAAGCCCUUUUAAUAGACUUCAUAAGGUCAAGCUUGUUUGAUGCUAGCUUACGUGACACCAGUUUCACUACAUUCUAUUAUUGUUUGUUAUAUGGUUCAUGCAAAUUAGAUAAUUAGAGCCAGGUAAUUUAGUCAGACGUGAUGAAGGCUUUGUCAGACUUGAUUAAACCUGGCUUCUUUCAAAGUUACAUAAUAAAAAAUAAACAAUUUACCUUUAAAACUGACAAUAAAUCAUUUUAAUUAUUUACUCUGAAAAUGAUUAAAAUGUCUGAAUUAUAAUCAACUUCACGUUCAUAUUUACAACACUAGCCUACUAUAGCAAUGUAUAUAAUCCACCGGAAAAGCCACUAUCAGUAUUACGAUUGCAGCCAUAAAAUACCUUUUAAAAUAAAACCAAACUGUUACAAAACGGUGAAACUGUCUAGUCUGUUUCUUUUUUGACAGUGCAAUUCAAAACAUGUCCAAAAAUCCAAAUUCUGAUGCACUUUUUGUUGUCGCUCCCUGUUUGGACGUUUAAAUGUCAUUGGCGUCAUGUUUUGGCAGGUUACACCCACAUCUUUUUAUCUUCUGUCUUCUCCCAAAUGUUCCUGUCACUCUGAAAUCUCUUUGUUGUCUCCAUAUUUAUUGAGUCCUAUGUUUUUGUCCCUUUAGAAUAAAUACAAUGUAAUUCAAAAA